UCAAGCUGUCAGCCCCCACGAAUCGACGCAUUUGAUCUUAAAUAGAUGACUUUGAAAACAACGGUUUGUUAUCUUGGAGGCUGUGUCAAGUUAAUAUUAUAGCUGAAAGUAUCGCAACGGAAAAAUACUGAACAAAGUGCAGCGACGGUAGUAGUUGCUGGCAUUCUUUUGGAAAUAAAAUAAAAAUAGUUGGAGUCAUGUUUGCCCAAUGGUGGUGUCGGGAUGUUCUCUCAAAAACAAAACCAUCGUUUCUACGGUUUCACACAACAUCAAUGCGGUCGAUUUCGCAACAGGUUCGCGUCCGGCUUCUCCCCAGCCCUCGCUGUUUCUUCGACGAACCGGUGCACGUGAAGGUAGAUGGGCUUUCUCCGCACCAGAAAGUGGGGUUGCGGUCCAAACUCAGGGACGAUAAAGGGAUCAUCUUCAGAGCUUCCGCUCUGUACUCCGCAGAUUCUAAAGGACAGGUGGACCUGUGCCUCUCUCCCUCGUUGGGCGGAAGUUAUACAGGAGUUGAACCCAUGGGCUUGUUUUGGGCCAUGACGCCCGAGACUCCACACAGCAGACUAUUGAAAAAUAAUGUGUUGGGUUCAAUUAUGGUUGAUGUAGACGCGCUGCAUGAGGACACAGGUGAGAUCUUGGCAUCAAAGACCAACGAGAGGCAGUUCAUGACGGAAGGGAUGAGGAGGAUACCGUUGGGCUUGAAAAAUGGGAGAAUUCGGGGAACCCUCUUUCUACCACCGGGGCCAGGUCCAUUUCCUGGUAUACUGGAUGUGUAUACUCUGGGUGGAGGUAUAUCCGAGGUCCGGGCCAGUCUGCUGGCUAACAAAGGCUUUGUGGUUCUGGCGCUGGGCUACUAUGGCUUCCAGGACCUGCCCAAAACCAUGUCCAAAAACUUAGACCUGGAGUACUUUGAAGAGGCCAUCACAUUCCUGAGGAGACAGCCACAGGUCCAGGGUCCAGGAAUAGGAAUCCUGUCCAUCUCUAAGAGUGGCGAACUGGCUCUGUCCAUGGCCUCUUUUCUCUCUGGCGUCUCAGCGACAGCCUGGAUCAAUGGCUGCAACGCUAAUGUCAUGAUACCACUGCACUACAAAGACCUCGUCAUCCCUCCCCUCAUGCCUGUCCUAGAGAACAUCACCCUCACACCGUCCAGCCUUCUCAACAUCCGAGACACCAUUCCGGCUCAGACAACAGAAAGGAACCGCGGUUCCGUGAUCCCGAUAGAACGUUCCGGUUCUAGGUUCCUCUUCGCUGCCUCUGAGGACGACAUGAACUGGAACAGCUGUCUCUUCGCCCAGCAGGCCGCCGCCCAGCUGAGGCAUCAUGGGAAGGAGAACUUUGAGGUGGUGACGUACCCCAGGGCGGGGCAUUUCCUGGAGGUGCCCUACAUGCCCCACUACCCUUCUGGCUUCCAUGCUGUGCUGGGUAAAGUGGUGGUGUUUGGGGGAGAGGCUAAAGCCAACCAUGAGGCUCAGCUGGACCUGUGGAGGAGGGUCCAGGAGUUCUUCAGGACACACCUGAAGGACAGCAGCAACACUGCCCAGAAAGCCAAAGCCAGGCUGUAACACUAAGAGAAUGGCUGUGUUCUUUGCAGACGCCUGCCAGAUCUCAACGUUUGGAUAGAUAUUUAACAUAUCAGCUAACCACAUCAUAUCAUAUCAUGGGUGGUCCUCUGUA